AUGAGCUCUUUCUUUGGAUACGGGUCCACGGGCCACAGCGAUACCAACAACGAUGGCAAUCCAAGCAUCGGCUCUGGAAGUGCAUCCAAUCGAUCCUCCGUAGCCAAUCCCCAACCACCACCCCUGCAACAGCAUCAAUCCACAGCUUCAGAUAUGACCGUCAUCUCGGCUGAUGAUGUCGUGCCCAAUCCAGCAGCUACAAACGAGAAGACCCCGCUUCAGUAUCAGGCAUAUCCUAACAAUGGCACCGAUGAUUAUGGCAAGGAGAACCAGGACCAGGAUCAUGGUCACGACCAUGAAGACGACGGGCAUGAUCAUGCACCGGGGGAGAGGUGUUCGUUACCUCCGUUGAUCCAGCCGUUGGUGUCGCAUGAGAACCAUGGAAUGGUUGAGAGUUUGGUUGUCAAGGUUAUGGAUAGUGCCGAUGUUACUCAGAAAACCGUUUUUUACUUUUGGGACGAGUGGAAGGCGUUUGUGAACCGUGGCAAUGUUAUUGACCUCGGAAUCGGUGUUGUGCUGGGAGGUGCAUUCAGCGACAUCAUCGACUCGUUUGUGAUUGACAUCAUGACACCCCCGCUAUCGCUCUGGGCUACAGGAACCAACCUUGAGAACUCGUUCAUUAUUCUCAAACACGGCCGCACUCCCGGCAAAAUAUACAACACCUACUUGGAAGCACAAGAAGAUGGUGCUGUGACGGAGAACACGGGCCAUUUCUUGAAGGCUUGCCUCAACUUUCUUAUCAUUGCCUUCUUCCUCUUCUGGAUCGUCAAAGGCAAGUUUUUUGUUGUUGCUCGUAUUCUGAAGGAAAAGAUCCGCCCGCCACCCAAAGAGAAGGAGUGUGCCUGGUGUAAAGAGAACAUUGCCCUAGACGCAUUCCGAUGCAAGUUCUGUCAGAGCUUUGUCAAGGAUAUCCCCGGGAUCGAAGAUGCGGGUGUCGGGAUGUUUGUGACGAUCAAGCGGCCGAGUGCCAAAUACCGACCCUCCAUGGAUCCGUCUUUUGAUCAGAAUCAUUAUGGGCUGGAUCACAAUGCUCUCACGACUGGGAUGGCUGCGGGGGUCAUUGCUGCCUCCAAGGAGAGGGAUAACAAAAACAGCAAUAGCAACAGCAGGAGUAGUAGCAACAACAAUAUCAGUUCUUCGUCCUCACAACCGCGCUCGCAAUCUCACCCGACGUCCAAUGGAAAUACUGGCAAAUCGGCUACCACCGGUCCAACGUCGUCAUCGUCAUCAGCACCAGUGCCACCGCCACAUGCGACCAGAUCUGGUUCGACUGUAGGACCGUCGGAUGGUAAAAAGAUUGCGGCCGGACUAGCUAAAAUGGACGGUGCGCAAAAAUAA